UCGCCCUAGCACACACAUUUGCAGUGAGCAGGACCCUCAGGCCUCCACAAUGUGGGCCCCUGCCUCCGGACCCUGCCCUCCUCCUCACCUGCUGCUGGCUUUGCUGUGGGGACUCACAGGUGUGGCCGGUGAGGCGGGGCUGCAGGUGAUCCAGCCUGACAAGUCAGUGUCUGUCGCAGCCGGACAGACAGCCACUCUGCGCUGCACCCUGACCUCCCUGCUCCCCACAGGGACAGUUCAGUGGUUCAGGGGGACAGGGCCAGGCCGGGAGUUAAUCUUCAGUUACAAAGGAGGCCACUUCCCCCGAGUAACAAAUGCUUCAGACACCACAAGGAGAAACAACAUGGACUUUUCCAUCCGCAUCAGUAACAUCACCCCAGCAGACACCGGAACCUACUACUGUGUGAAGUUCCAGAAAGGGAGCCCUGAUGAUGUGGAGUUUCAGUCUGGACCAGGCACCCAGGUGACUGUGAGCGCCAAACCCUCUCCCCCCGUGGUGUCGGGACCCACGGCCAGGGCCUCGCCGGAGCAGACAGUGAACUUCACCUGCAAGUCCCAUGGCUUCUCCCCCAGAAACAUCACCCUGAGAUGGUUCAGAAACGGGAAUGAACUGGCAGCCUCCCAGACGAGCGUGGACCCAGAGGGAGACAGAACGUCCUACAGCAUCUCCAGCACAACCAGGCUGGUGCUGGCCCCGGGGGACGUUCGCUCCCAGGUCAUCUGCGAGGUGACCCACGUGACCCUGCAGGGGGGCCCUCCUCUUCGUGGGACUGCCAACCUGUCUGAGGUCCUCCGAGUUCCACCCACCGUGGAGGUUUCCCAGCAGACCGUGUCAGGGGACCAAGUGAAGGUCACUUGCCAAGUGAAGAAGUUCUAUCCCCAGCGCCUCCAGCUGACCUGGUUAGAGAAUGGCAACGUGUCCCGAACAGAAAUGGCCUCAAGGGCCUCAAACCUCGUAGAGAACAAGGAUGGGACCUUUAACUGGACGAGCUGGCUCCUGGUGAACUCAUCUGCCCACAGGGAAGGCAUGGUGUUCACCUGCCUGGUGCAGCACGAUGGGCAGCCCGCGGUCACCAGAAACCAUACCCUUGUGGCCUCAGCCCACCAGAAGGACCAGGAAACCCAUAAAACGCAGGAGUCAAGGCCAUCUACUCCAAUCCUGAUGGCUGUCACCCUGGGCCCGAAGCUGCUGCUGCUGCUGCUCAUCACUAUCUCUGCCAUCUAUGCCCACAAGAAGCAAACGCCCAAUUCUCAUAACCUAAUUAAACUACAGAGGGAACAUCUGACAAAUACAGUCCUGCCACAUGAUCAUGAGUUCACCAAGACUCAUAAACCACGGCCACAGUAUGCUCCCUGAUACAAUGUGAUGAAAACAACACUUUUCCUCUGUGACCUUCCUCCCCAAAACCACUCCCCCAGUCUGUGUAUGAGAAAAGCAUCAGACAAAUUGCAAUGAGGGACAUUCCACCAUAUACCUGAGCAGCAUGCAAAACUGUCAGGCUGUUGCUAUCAAGCUAUCCUCUCACAGCUGAAAGGAGCCUAGAGAGACAUGACAAGGAC